AGAGCCAGUCCUGUGAGCUCAGAGUGGAAAGUUUACCUCUGCUGUGCUUUGUGUCCCUCAUUUGUGCACAGUGUCCUUAGACUCUGUGGGGUCUGUAUAUGUCCUGCAAUGUCGUCUUAUAACAACAAUAGCGUGCGUCUUAACGCAGCCACCAAAGUGGCUGUAUUUGGAGGGACGCAUGGAAACGAGAUGUCAGGUGUAACUCUCGUGAACCUGUGGAUGAAGAACAGUAACGAGAUCCAGAGGAAAGGUGUAGAGACCAAACCGUUUAUAACGAACCCAAAGGCUGUGGAGAAAUGUACCCGAUACGUGGACACGGAUCUGAACCGUGCGUUCACUGCGGAGAACCUCAGUGCCCCUGGUGGAGAGUCUCUACCUUAUGAAGUGUGGAGGGCCCAGGAAAUCAACAAUAUGUUUGGCCCCAAGGGAAGCCCAGAGGCCUAUGACGUAAUCUUUGACCUCCACAACACCACUUCCAACAUGGGCUGCACCCUGAUCCUCGAGAGCUCCAAAGACCACUUCAAUCUGCAGAUGAUGAACUAUAUCAAGAAAGCGCUUGCACCGGCCAGUUGCCUAGUUCUCCUCAAUGAACAUCCUCUUUUAAAAUAUUCCACUUCACGCUCUGUGGCCAAACACCCUGUUGGACUAGAAGUCGGCCCACAACCUCAAGGUGUUCUCAGAAGUAACAUCUUUGAUUCUAUGAGAGUGAUUAUAAAGCAUGCAUUGGACUUUAUUGAGCUGUUUAACGAAGAUGUGGAGUUUCCUCCAUGCACUGUAGAAGUUUUUCGGGUUUUGGAGAGGGUUGACUAUCCCAGAGAUGCCAAUGGAAACAUCAUUGCCAUGGUGCACCCUAACCUCCAGGAUUGUGACUGGGAGCCAUUGAACCCUGGUGACCCCAUGUUCCAGACAUUUGAUGGGAAGACAAUCCACUACCAAGGUCCUGGGACAGUCUACCCCACUUUUAUCAAUGAAGCGGCAUAUUAUGAAAAACAACAAGCUUUUGUCACCACAAAGAGAGAAACACUAGUUGCUAGUGCUGUCAAAAAGUCGUAAAUAUAUUUUAACUCUAUACUGCUAACUGGAAUCACGAAAAGUUAGCUAACAUUAUAACUAUACAUGCACUUUGAAAUCACUCGUAAUGAUAGCCACAACAUCCGUAUAAACACUGAUUUGUAUACAUUUACUGUGAAAUGGACAGUGCUGUGCAGACGUUUUAGAAAGGUCCAAUUCUGUUAUCAAGUUCAUAAGAUCAUUUAUAAUAAUUCAUUAUAAGACAAACAUAAAAGACAAAAUAGAAAAUGUGUUAUAGGUGCUACCAGUGGCCCAUGGGCUGCAAAAUAAAACACUCAGCUGUCUAAAGUGGUCCAGUCAGCUUUGCCAAGAAAUACAGAUGGUAUUUAUUAAAGGGACAUUUUUCACCUCACUAAAACUUUUACACAGUACUGAAUAUUAAUUAACUAUGCAAAAAAUAUGUGUUGAGUUUUGCUUAUAGAGCCACUGUGAAGACUACUGAAAUAUCACGGCAUAUAUGAUUUCAAAUAUACCUGCCAUAGUAACUCACCUUUGCAGCAUAAAUACUCCUUUACACUGUACAUUACACUAUAUGUUACCAACUCAGGAAGGUUAUAGUGGAACAUUACCUGAUAUGUUUUGAUCCCAGUGGUUUGUCCCCUGGAAGUGUGGGUGUGGUGUGGCCUUGAUACUUCCUACCUGUAAGUCCACUGGUGGCGUAGUCUUUGGUGCUGUCCUCUUGUUGCCUUAUAUAAGAGAUUUAUGUGAAGAUUUGCACAAUAAGUGUUGAUAAAAUAUUUUGAUAAGAAAUGGCAUAUGUCUUGUGUGAUGAAGCUUAAAUAAUGUUUUAUAAUAGUGAUAAACUGUGUGUUUUAUAUACUUGUUUGUCCAUAACAUGAGCCUCAUUGAAAAUGUGUAUUCUUUGUAUGUUUGUUAAACUAUUGUACCUCCAUGUGCUUUUAGACUCGUUCUUUUCAUUUUUAUAGUUCAUUCCGUCAGACACAUCUUACAGAUCUUGUAAAAAUACACACUCAAUAAAAGACAGUAUAACGUGA